AUGGCAGGAGAGACUCAGCAAUUGCAUGCUGUCAAAGAGCUGGACCCUGAGUUCAAACUGCAGGAUGUGGGGACGGCGCCGGAACCACAGACUGACAAAGCCACAAAGGAGUCUUCAAAGCACUUUGCAAGCACAGGGACUGAGUCCAGAGCCAGCAGCGUUGAGGCCAAAGCUGAAAAAGUAGAGAAGCAAAGGGACUGUCCUCAGCAGCGAGAAGCUGUCAUACGGCCGCAGCAGGCAGGGAAGAUUGACUUCAGGUCACUUCAGAACCGAUCAAAGUUUUCCAGUGACAGGACUUGGUCGAGUGGGAAAGGCAGCCCCCAGUCCCCGAGUGGAAAGGGCCGCAGUCGGGAGAAGGGAAAGAGGUCGGGAAAAACAGAGCGUGGCAACCCCCAGCAGCUGUACAGACUGAGCAUUACAAAUCCACGCUCCAACCCCAACAUCGGUAUCGCCUACCCACAGCAGAAGGUUUUGCCACCCAAGAAAUUGGAGACCAGCCGCGGCCCAGUUUCGGGCAGCUACAGAUUCCACGUUCCCAGUAUACCAGAGAGGGAGGCCGAACUCCAACAAGAAGAGCUUAACUAUAGCCGGUGCUUCCAAGACGCCCCCUCUAACCUCACCUCCCCAAGCUAUACCUCACAGGCGCUAGGUUCCUCAAGUGGAACGUCAACCCAUCCACAUCCACCCCUGUCACAGCAGCAGCAGGCUGCAUCCAUGGAGCUCAACAGUGCACAGCCGGGCAGUCAGCUGAUUCCUGCUGACUUUCAGCUGAGUGGCUCUAACACAUGGCAGUCUCCUGAAAAAACUUUUAACGGUGCUAACUAUGGGGUGUCAUCCCAAAAAUCCACUGCCCUUACAGAAGCUAAUAAGGCAAGUCAAAACAUUGCUCAGAACAGUUCUCAGUUCAUUAACGAACAGCAGCCAGAGGAUAGAGGCUGUUACUCUCAACCCCCGCCGUCUCAGUUCAUUCAAGGGGUCGCAUCCGCCAUACAGUGUCCCAGGAAUCUGAGCGAGGAUUCAGCGAGCAGCGACAGCUCGGGCACCAGCUCACAGCAGUCAGAGCGGGGACAGACCGCCCCACCUGAAAGCACAGAAGCUUUUGGUCACGGAGACAUCGAGAUGAGCCAUGCACAAGUGUGUGAGUCAAAAAGCAAGGCGGUGUUCUUCGGGGUUAACCAGUCUCUUCCGGCUGCGUCUUCAAGAAACUACAAUUAUUCUCCGUUGCAGGUCCCGCCAAUGGGACUCAUGAUGGUGUCACCGUAUGAAUCGCCUUUGCCCUCACCGGUUCAUAACCCUGCAUCGAGCAGCACCUGUUCUUCCCUGUCUCCAGCAUCCACCAGUCCUGUUGAUAUCAGCUCAGAGGACAGUCACAUGUCAAAGUCAGCGACCCCUCACUCGUUUUAUCACCAGUCCCAGCCCAAAACACAAAUCCUGUCAGAUCACCUGACCUCUCACCAGUUUCAUUCUGACGCUCCGCGAAACCACACCUAUGCACCGGACAGAGCCAAAGACAACAUUAUGAGCUACCUACAAAACACCACGCUUCCUAAGACUGCCAUGGAUGGCAACAAAGGUUACAUGGACAGUUUUGGAGUGGAGCAUCACCAGCCUCCGCCGCCGUACUCCGCACAUCAGCUGUUAGCGACCUCAUUAGCCACGGCGAAUCUCGACCAGUUGGAUGUGCUCUUAACAUGCAAGCAGUGCGACCAGAACUUCAAUAACCUGGCUUCAUUUCUAGGCCACAAGCAAUACUGCAGUCACCAUCCGUUUGCACAAAAUGACCUAAAAGACAUAUCAAAGAUGGAGGAAAACAGGAAGUUUCAAGCUGACGCCACAAAAGCGGUGUCGUCUGUGUCAAAUGUCUCAAUGUCGAGGUGCCCUUCUGACCUUCACCUGUCUCUGUUGGGCCUCAACAAAAAUGGCGAUCUCAUAUCUGACACUGAAACUAAAGGAGACAGUAAGGAUGACCAGCUGAAGCUGAACUUGUUUUCUGGUCCUGGUAACCUGCCGGUCCCCCUCCCUGAUCUAGAAAUGGAGGAUGCCAAAUUAGACAGCCUAAUCACAGAAGCCCUGAACGGACUGGGAUAUCAAUCGGACAAUGCAGAGAUUGACAGCAGCUUUAUCGACGCAUUCGCUGAUGACGACCUCACAACUGUUAAAGCGACGUCAAACAAACAAUGUAUGAAAACCAAAGAAUCCCUGAUCCACGAGAGCAAAAACAAACAAGUAGCAAAUGAUGCCAGGUCGUUCACGCAGGGAAAGUAUUUCUAUGACUCUGACGCUGUGAGCCCGGAGACAGAGAAACACAACACAGAAAGCAAACUUGAGAAAAUAACUCUGAAUUUAGAAAAAGAGGAGAAAAUCAACAUCAAAAAGGAAGUCUCUCAUAAAAAUUCAGGAACCGCCUCGAGGGAGAAGACGAGAGAACAAGACAGCAAAGUGAAAGAGUCAAGAAAACUGUGCAAGGGUGAGGAAGAGAACGCGAGUGCACAAAGGUUUCUCUUGUCUGGCAAGUUUUCCAAGCGUUGUGGCGUUAAAAGCAUUCAGGAGAGCAAUGCACCUCGAGGGUCAACAUCCUCACAGCCUUCCACAUCGCCGAUCUCAAGAACUGCAGUGAAGGAGAGCAAGAGGAAAAGCACUGGAGGGGGCACCUGGAGCAAAGAGCUUAUUCACAAAAUAGUUCAACAGAAAAAUAAGCUUCAUAAACUUCAUGUUAAAGGCACCAAGAACCUCCAGUUCUCCCUGGUGAUGGAGAGGCUGACUCCCACUGUGCAGAACCCUGCGUUUGGAGAGUACGACUACGUCUCAGACACAGAUGAUGAGUGUGAACCUGUCAAGAUAGCGAGCCAAGGGCGGCUGAAUCAAAGCAGUCGAUGUAAAUACACAUACACCAAAGAGUGCAAAUGGCGAGCGAGGAACGAGAGGGACCAGGCAGCGUGGAGACACGAGUCGAAAGAGUGUUUUGAGAUGAAGAAAAGCGAGGAGGUUUCUCUCUCGCCUGAGAAACUCUGUUCUCACCAGAGACUCAGGAGGAGGGGCAGCAGGUCGUCCACAAGCAGUGAACUGAGCACAUCUGUGAGUGUUUCGAGCGAUUGUAUCAACAGCCCCAAAAGCACUGACCGCACUGACUCGGACUGUGAGAGGAAGACAGAAGUCAAAAAGAAAGAGUCUCCAGAGCACAGAACCUAUGAAAAGUCCUCCCCGAAGAAGUCGUCUAAAGAAUCGAGCGUGCUCUCGCUGACGUUCACUAAAUCUGUCAAGAAGUAUAACACUAACAAAGAAAUUCCUCCUGAUAGCAAAGGCAGCACAGAGGAUCCAAAGAAGUUUCAUUCAAAUCUAGAAGGUGAUGAUCCGGUGCCAUCCUCACAAAAAUCAAAAGAGACGAACAAAAACCUUGAAAAAUGCAACAGAGCAAAAUCAAGAGAGAAGCUCGAGUCUUACAAAGAAGAUACUGUCAGUUCAGAUAGAGUCAACACACAGAGAUCACACAGUCUGAGCCCCAAAGAAGAACCCACGAUGUGUAGCAGUUCAGAUACAAAGUCACUACAGGUGAAUUCAAACACUCCCAUGAUCGACAAAGAAAGUGAUUUCAAUAUUGACAGAAGGGCAAAGGAGAAAAGAAGAGAACUAUCAGACGAUGCCACAUCUGAAAAACAGAGCGACAGCAGCUGUGUGGUGAAAGAAGCGCUAACUUUAUGCAACAAAGAAGACACACAGAGAACUCUUUGCACCUCUUUGAUGGACGAGGUGUGCCUCUCUCCAACUGAAAGCCAAGGCCCGUUCAUACAAAAAGACACACUCCACCUCAUGCCCUACCCCCUGGAUCAGGAACAAGUGCUCAUCAAAUCCCCACUCUCCUUUGACACGUCUUCAAUGUUUGGGGACCUCGGAGGAUUCGACAGUGGCCUUUACUCAGACAUGCCCAUUCAGAAAGACGGUUUCCAUUCAUUGGAGAAUACAGACGACAAAAAGGUGGAGUUUGUGUCGUCCUUCUCUCCCUUUCUGGAGCAAAAAGACUGGAGCCUCAUAGUGAGCCCCGUGCAACCAUAUGAGAUAUCUCAGUACAAAGACAGCUCUGGGAAGUCGCAUGAAAAGAAAGCAGAUUAUAAUCAUGUUUCUUUGUCUCUGCCAGAGAAAAUAAUUGACUACGGUGCAAAUCUCAACAGCUGUGCAUCAGAGGACGAGCUGGAGAUAAAAAGAAUAGUGAACGAGCUUGAGAACCAGCUGCAGACGACGAGGCUGGAGAGCCCGCCCUUGCUAGCAGAGGGUGUCUCCAAGCAGCUGCAGAUGAGCAAAUUCUCACCUUUACGUCUCAGCGACGAGUCAGGGAGUGAAACCGCUGGCCUGGAUAUGAGCUGCCCCGUGCAAACAAUAGAAGCACCAGAGGCCAGUUUGCCUUCAGAGACUUUUACGGAACCAUGGGCCAGUCCAUUUCAGUUCGAGUUAAUGGGCGGGCAAAGCAGUCCCCACAAUCCAAUUUGCGAUGACAGAGGGGUGGUUGAACAUUUUACUGAAAAAGGACAUGAUGCACCGAAUUUGAUUGCAACAGCCUCACAAGUUUUCAAUCGACAACAACGCCAUGCCCACAAACCAGAGGAGCAGAAGGCGGAAAAAAGGGCUAAAAAAGAAACAAAGGAGGAAAUCUUGGAGCAGAAGAGAUACACAGAAAACCUCAUGAAAAGCCUCGAGGUGAUUUCAGACUCUAUAUUCAAAAAAGAGCCCAUUAUAUCAGAACACGAGGAGCCAAAUGUCACCUCUCUCACAAGUCAACAACAUCAAGGAAUUGAAUGUCAAGAAAAAGAUGCGGUUCAGAGAGAAGAAGACGACGGUGAAAGAGAAGCAAUUACCGGGAAGGAGAGUACAUUAUCACCUCCAAAUAUCAAUGAACGGAAGGAUGAUAUUAAAUUUAUUCUGAAUGAGUCCCAGCUGUCGCUCUCUAACAGCGCUGACCCCGCUGUUGAUGGAAACCGGCCGAUUUCAUCACAGCCGAGGGAGUCCACAGAAAACAACGAUAGCAAGGAGGAGACUAAAGUCACAUCGGAGGAGGAUACAGUCGAGAACAGAGAUUUAAUUGAGUCUGCUCUGUGUUUAUGUGCAGCGACACCUGACCCACAUGUGGUGGAUGGAUCUGGCGGGAACUGUAAUGCAUCUGACAAUGUGAAGAGUAGUGAUGGUCAAGAGCAUGCAGCCACGGAUGAAUAUGAGGUAGCAGAGGCGGUGAAGGGAAUUACUGGUCAAUCUGUGAGCCAUCGUUUAUCACAGGCUUUACCCGCCACCGGUCGAGACAUUUGUGAAAACGCAAAAAACAUCAUGGAGUCGUCACUUGAAGAACAAUCCACUAACAAUCCAGAUUCCUCAGAUGAUUUAACAAAUUCUGGUGACAGUGGUGUCAGUGUUAUUGAGGAGAUAACUGUUGACACAGGUGAACAAGAUCAUUUGAUAGGAUCGUCUCCCUCUAAAAGCUGCAGCCCCGCUAACACCUACAGCACGAGUCUAACAAUCGAUGUGUCAAUGGAGAUCGUCACCUCAGACCAGCCUUGCAGUCCGAUACUUGUGGAAACAAACACAGACAACAAAAGUCCCUGCUCAACAUUUCUGGACGACCGGUCCGGUCAGCUGGUUGCUCCGCAGUCCGAUAACGAUGAUUCCUGCAAAGUGAUUUCACUCAAACCUGAAACCACUCUUCCCUUUGAGACCAUUCAGACACAAGAGGAGCUUUUAGAUGUUCAGGAUAUCAAAGAGCAUCUCCCUGUCGAUUUCAUGGCAAGCCACCAAAACUCACCAUGCAGGGAAGAGGUGGAGGAAAGUGACUGUCUUUUUGUCGACACCGCAACACCAGCAAGUCCUCUUUUAUCGACCUCUGAUCGGAGGCUCAUGCAGGACUGGGACAGAGAAGAGGAUUCAUGUCAUUCACAAAGCAAUAUCAGUAACAUGUCUGUUGACCAAAACUCAGUUCAAAACAUGAAAUCCCCAAUAAACCAAGAAGAUGGCACAAAGGGUGUUAACAAUGACAAACAACAAAAUACAACAACGGGGAUGGAGUACUCUUUGAUAAUCCCGCCUCCCCUUGACUUGGGAAUUGAGUGUAAAAUCCCUGGCUCUGAAACCCACAUUUCUUCUCCACUGCCAGUGCCCGUGCCCGGAUCAGCAAACCAAUCAAGUGUCUCAGACGAACUCGGAAAGGGAGAUCUAAUUUACGACUUCAAACUCAGUCCCCUCAACUACAUCAGCAUCACAGACGAGCCGCCGCAAUUAAAUCAAUACAACUACAUAGCAAUUUCACCGGCCAGUAAACUUGAAGAGAACAUCAAACAGAGUCCCAGAGACGACUGUGAACCAUGUGUCCUGAGUGUUGACCCUGCACUGAUUUUCCACAAAAAUGGAGCCGACACCGAUACAGCUGCAUCGCUAAACUCCGACCCCGAAGCUAAUCUGACUUUAUCAGAUGAACCACUGGUCCUCCAGCAGAGUUUGGACUUUACAAGUUUUCCAUUGGGUCUGCCUCCUCCUCAAAACGAAGGCAAAGACUCCUCAGCUGGUACUCCCGUUGGACCUUCUGUUGAGCAUUUGCAGACUCAUGCUGUCAUCUUGAAAAAGGUUGAGGCGGAAACUUUAGAUUCUCUUGCUGAGGACAAUUCACUUUCAGAAGUUUCACCCAAUCCAAAGCCAAUCAUCAACUGUGAAAAUGGACUAAUGCCUCUCGCGCCAGACGCAUCCGAGAAGCCUCCAACAAGAGAGUCCGGCCUGUGUUUAACAACGCACCAAGUACCCAAAGAGACGACGCACAAAAAGGCGCAAAACAACACCCAACAGGGGAAAGUAAUGUGUGAAAUCUGCCUCAUGUGUUUCAGGACUGUGCCAGGUUUAAAAAGACAUAAAGCCAUGAAACAUUCGGUUAGACCUGUGAAACACAUCGGCCCACAGAGCACAGCAUCAAGCCAUCAAGGGACUGUGCUUAUUUAUGAAGCAUCGCAAACUACAGAGAAGGAACAUAAAGAUGAUUCACAGACCUGUUGCCCAACAAAAAUAGUCGGGCUGCCUGAGACAACAAGCACUCUCAUAUCUACAGCUGCAGAGUCUGCGUCGGUCCUUGAGGAAAUGGCAUCUGAGACGAGUGCAGUCGCGGUGGAUGAAACAGGCCGUCAAAACCCUCAAAAAGCAAACAAGAACAACAAGGCGAGGAAGACCAAAAGCAGCGAGGCAAACAUAAAGCCAGACCCGUUCUCUGAUGAGCUUUUGAAUAUAUUAAAAACAGACAUACUUCAAGCUAUAACUCCUGAAUUCAAAAGCAGCGGGAUACAAGAGCAACACAAAUCUCCCAAGGAACAUGUGGGAAUCGUUGACCGAGCUUUAACCGGAACAGAGACGUUCCCCAACUCUGUUUCUGUUAACUUUGUCAAAAAGGCCCCAACAGAAGAACUAAAUGUACUUAAUGGGACUGUGGCACUUAAUCAAAUCACUGAUGCACAAGAAAGCAUAACAGAGAUGGCAAAUGGGGAAGUAUGUACAGAUGCAAUUUUGGAAAGUGCUGCACCUGUAGAAAAAGAUAUUAUGAGAGAAUACGAUGAGUCUGUAAUGUCUCUGUGCAAUGUGGAAGUAAUGUGUGAACAGAAAAAAUCACAAGAGAUCCUCGCCCGAGAGAUUCUGAGAAAAGUGACAGUUGAGAUAAAAUGUGAGAAUAAGAGUGGCCCUCCAGACAUGGUACAUCCUGUCGCCUGUUUGAAUCCUGCCCCUCUCAGUCCUCCCUCCAGCUUGAGUCCCGAUCUGAAGUCCCUGCUCGACGACGACACCACGUUCUCACAGCUGUUCCCCAGAGACGAGGAGGCGAAGAGAAAAAAGUGCCCCAGGGUGUACGGCAAGAAAAGUAAAAGGCAGAAACUAUCGCCUGAUUCGAGUGUUCCUCCCUCUGAAACUUUCAUGCACAAUAAAGAUCAAUGCGUGGAAAACCAAGCCAAGCCAAUGUUCACCGUCAAUCAGACCAGGAGCUGUGAAUACGAGGACAAACCUGUUGACAGUGCCGUCACAAAACCAUUGUCAGAUGUUCAACAAAGUGACAAACAGGAUGUUUGUGAGAACACUAAAGAGUUCGGCCUCUUAGAUCCACUUCAGAGCACCAUUGAUAAAUCUUCAAUCGAAUGGAGCGGCUCCAGUGACUUCAGUGGUUUUGAUGCAGGCCCAGUGAUUCCCUCUAAUCCCAGCACAUGCAAACCAGAAGCCCCAGUUGCACCUUACUCUCUGCCCCCGCCCUCCGUCCCCUACGCUGUCGAGCCGUGCAACACAGACAACGUCCAAACCUUCAACAGCAUCGACAUCCAGAACAUCAACACAACAUUUCAGCUUCCUGAGAUUCAGUUCUUUGAACCCAACAAAGACAUCACAGUGGCUCCGCCUAUCGGAACUGUUGACGAGGAAAUCAGAGAUGAAGAGAAAUCUGACAAAGUAACCGAGCGACGAGGCAGGAAGAGGCAAGACGGGAGGAUGAAGGUGAAAGACAAGCAGUACAAAUGCAAAGUGUGCUUCACUUGGUUCCUCACCCUGGGCGAGCUGAACUUUCACAAACUCUCCCACAACCCCUCCCCCCCUCCGACCUGCUACAUGUGUGUCCAACGCAAGUUCAGCUCCAGGGAGCAGCUGAGGGACCACCUGAGGGAGAAACAUGCCAAGAACAAGACGGGUAUCUGGACCUGUGGAAUGUGCUUGAAGGAGAUAUCAGACGUGUGGAUGUACAAUGAACACUUGCGAGAGCAUGCCACUCAGUUCGCCCGGAGAGGUCAAACCCAGGGCUCCAUGUUGGGCAUUCCCGGCUGCUUCAUGCAGGAGACGGCCGUGAAGAACUUCAUCACCUCAAUCAUGCAGCACCGCCCCAGCAAAGCCAACAGAGAGUCCAGCAGAGCUACCAAAGAACAGGAAAAAGUUGCUGCUGCAGAUAGCACUGCAGUGGGAGGGGCGAAACACUCAGAGGGGGCUGAGCCAAGAGUUCCCAAAAGUAAAAGUAGCAGCGGAGCAGGCGGGAAGCAGAACACAUUAACCCCACUCGAGGUCCUCCACAAAACAGAGACACCUAAAAGUGUUGAGAUGCAUCCCAACUGCAAAGACCCCUCGAGAGACUGCCACCACUGCGGGAAACAAUUCCCCAAGCCGUUUAAACUCCAAAGACAUUUAGUGGUUCACAAUUUGGAAAAGAUCUUCCUGUGUCACAAAUGUCCCGUCUCUUAUCAGGAGGCCCAGGAGCUCAAAGGCCACCUGAAGAGGGCGCACGAGGAGGUGGAUGAGCUUGAUUCAAAACACACCACGCUCUACACCUGUGAGCUCUGCGCCGACGUCAUGCAUGUGAUUAAGAAAUCCUUCAUCUGCAGCACCUGUAACUACACCUUCUCCAAGAAGGAGCAGUUUGAUCGACACAUGGAGAAACACCUGUCGGGCGGGAACAAAAUCUUUAAAUUCAGAGGUGUUUACAGACCAGUCAAAGCGUCCGCUGCCAAAGAAGAUGAAUGCGACUCUCCGGCGAGUAAGAAGAGGAGGAUUCUCUCCGACAGUCUGCAGGAAAACAGUUCAGACAGCGGCAUCGCCAGCGUCAGCUCCCUGCACUUAAGUCAAAACUCAGAAACAGCAUCUUCAAAAGUCUCUGCGUCCACAGCGGACGACUCCACACAGACCGUAUCCAACGAGUACCACAGUGACACAAACAGUCCAAACGUGAAGACCGAGGACACGGCUGAGGACUACUCUGAACUGCUUGUAGAACUUGAGAAGUGUAUUCACAGCAGCUCUUCAGAGUCUGCUUCACCAAAGAAAGAGGAAAUUGACCCAAACACCUCACCCAUUCUCGAUAAAGAGGGUAAUGGAAAAUCAAUUGCUGAACCGUAUGAUGUGAAAGAGGAGGAUGAGUCAGUCUGCAUUAGAGCAGAGACGACCUCAUGGUCGGUGUCGAGAGAGAAUAUUUGUGCGGAGGAGGAGGAGGCUGUUAGAGUUAAGGAAGGCUCCGAUGAAAGUGACACAGCUGAGCCAGAAAAAGCAGGUUCACUACCUCCCGGUGACGACUGUUUUGUCAGCUUAAAGGACAAUCAAACGACGCCUGAGUCGGCAAAGAAUGACAAAGCUGCUGAUGUCACUGAGCAGCAGAGGGAUGACGAGCAUCACCCGACAAAAGUUUCAAAUACUGACAGCAAACAGCUGACUUUAUCUCAAGGUGCUGAGCAGGAAUGUAGCAGUCACACAAAAGACAAAAUCACUCCAGCCAAAAUGACCGACAACACUAAAAACUACACUACUACAACAACAAGCGGUACAAAGGCUUCAGAUUCAACGCCCGCCCUCCACUCCAAGAGUCCCCCCAAUGCUUUAGUGUUGAACGAGGACAAAGAAUCUGUGAGACCACAGAAGAAGAGGAAAGACAUGAAAUCCCCCCACGGUCUGCAGAGGGUUUCCUCUCCAGCUACACAGGAGAACUUUGGUGUCGAUUCCAGGGCCAAGAAGAAAUUUCGCACAAGCAAGUGUGCAAAUCCCUCCCUGCAAAGAAAGUCUGACGGACCCAAUGACUACCCCGUGCUUUCCUCGGUGCGGGACGAUGUUGUUAGCAACAAAAUCGUCUCCAAGUGCAAGAGUUCAAACCUGCAGUCUAAAAGAAGCUUGCUGGACGGUUGUAAGAAAGCUGAGAUUGUGACUCCUCUUAACGGGGACUUCAAAGCCAAAAAGGGACCUUUGGGGCGUCCUCUGCAUCCCCCUAUUUCUAAAAUGACUUCAGUCCCCAUUAACAAUUCUUUGAAUAAAUCAAGGCCGAAAAUGGGGGUUCGGUCAAUGGAGAGCCACUCCUACAGGACCGCCGAGUCCCAGAACCACCUCCUAAGCCAGCUGUUUGGCCAAAAACUCACAAGCUUUAAGAUUCCUUUAAGGAAGGACACGUCAGAAUCUAUUAACUGAAAGGGGGGAGAUGGAUCUGUGAAUAAGGGACUGUAUAUUUCACAGUUAUAAAUGUUUUAAAUUCAUUAUGGUGAAUAAGAUUGCACAGCUCUUUUCUGUGAAACGCUAUCUGUAAGUCUUACGUAGUCACUUUAAUGUCUUCUUUGUACAUGUGUUUUUUAUUACACAAAUGUGAGGACGAACGGCAGAUAUGAAUUUAUGGAUCAAAGAUGAAUAUGCCGGUUGGAAAAAUCAUUGGUCUUUUUCUUUUUUUUUUGUCUUUGUUGGAUAUCAUCCACUUCACAGAUUCUAAUUCAUUUACCUUGAGGAAAGAAAAAAAAGAAAUACUUGAAAACACAUCUAAAACAUUCUCUUUAAAGAAAUGCAUGUUUAUUUUGCAUUCACAACAUGAUCUUAUUAGUUUCAGUCUUUCUGCUAAAAAAGGACCAAAUGACAUCUUCAAACUGACCUGGACUAUCGUCUGUGCACCUUCAGUACAUGCUUUUGACAUAUUACAUUUUGUAUUCUUUUUUUUUUUUUUUUAACUUUACUGUAAUGCAUUGACAAUUCAUCAUAUUAGCCUUUUUGUAUAAACAUUUCCUGGUGCUACAUUGUGUUCGAUUGUAAUGUGAAUACCAAUGUCCUCGGAAGGGAACGUGAGAUCUGUAGCGAUUACAGUACAUUCAUCCAACUGUUUUUUACUGCUUCUCUGUAGUUUGUUCAAGAUACUGUGUCAAAACCAUCCAAGUACUUCAUAUGUGGGCCGACAGAAGAUUAGGAAAGCUUCCAUUGUUUUUAAACUCAGGUCCAUACGAGGAUGUCACAGUCCCAAGACCUGUAUUCAGAGUUCUUCCCAUGCACUGAUAAUACCGCACACAAUUCACAAACUCACUCAUCUGUGUCUGUAACUCCAACUGUUUCAUUAUGAUGAGUAUUUACUAGAACAACAAACAAAAAGGUGCUUCAUCUUGUUUAUACUGUAUGUAUCUUAUAUUGUAUAAAAGUGUAGGUAGAUUAUUUUGGUGUCAUGCUUCAUGUCAAAGUUCUAUUUUAAUAAUGUGCAGAGUGAAUCAGAAUGAGAAGAAAGGGAACUGCAGUGCCUCUUGAAAAGCUGUUUGAGUGGUUCACUAAGUGCCUCUUUAAUAGGUUGUUAAUAAAGAUAUGAAUCGGUA